AUGGGUCCCGGCGGCUCAGAAUCAGCAACUUUCAAUCUCGCUGCUGCUCUACCUCCCUCCGCGGUGACCUUCACCUGUCACACAGACUUCAUAUUUACAGUCACCACGGCCCAUCUGCCCACGCUCAGCCCCCCGUGUCAAUCAGCGCGGUCCCCCCCUCCCCUCCUGCCAAUCCAUCAGCGAGCCCCAAAGCACGAAGCAGUGUCACGGCCACACCGCCGCCUCGACACCCGCAAAUCUGCAUGCCAUUCACUGCCCCGCAAUUGCUCAGCUCGAAGCCAAAGUGAAUCCCACAGCGGGUCAUUCAUCACCACUCAUACAGGCCUGGCCUCCAUCCGGGCCCAGGGCAGCCGCUUUAACUGA